AUUGUACAUAGGUAUUUCAAUAGUUAAGAUGGGUAUUUCUUAUUGGGAAAUAUUUUACUAAAGAAUGUAAAUGUAGACGCAUAAUCUAUAUUCUUUGAUUUUACUUUCAACGUUUUGGCUGUUAUUCAAACACUAAAGUGAAAUAAUUAUUAAAUCAAUGGAAGUAAAACAAGAACUAAAUAAUUUACCAAAUAAAUUUAAGAUCCAAAUAGAAAAUAUUGAAGUCUCUCAUACUAUCUGUUCUUGUUCUGUUAAAACUGAGAUAAAGGAAGAAUUGUUGGAGUCAGAUUCACUUAAUAAUGAUACAAACAGAUAUUUUGACCAUGGUAACUCCUUACAUCAAGCAAGCAAGGAAGCUAAUAUUGAAAACAUCAAAUUAGAAGAGGAGGAUAAGCCUGACCUAGUUCACAUUGAAAAUGGUUUUUCCCAGGAGGAACAUGAAAUUGAAAUUGUGAAAACAUUACCUGACCAGUCGUGUUAUAAAGAACCCAUAACUCAUCAAGUUGAAGAAAAAACAUUAAAAUGUGAAAUUUGCCUUAAGCAGUUUACUCAUGAACUUAGUUUGAAGAAACAUUUAAGAACACACACUCGACAAAAACCAUAUCAAUGUGAAAUUUGUGAUAAGCAGUUCAGUCAUCCAAGUGACUUAAAGAGACAUGGUAGAACGCACACUGGAGAAAAACCUUAUCAAUGUGAAAUUUGUGAUAAGCAGUUUACUCGGAAAGACCAUUUAAGUGGGCAUAUGAGAAUUCACACUGGAGAAAAACCUCACCAAUGUGAAUUUUGUUUAAAGCAGUUUGCACAUGCAAGUGAUUUGAAAAAACAUUUUAGCAUACACAGUGGAGAAAGAAAUCGAGAAAAACGUUUUCAUUGUGAAAUUUGUGUUAAGCAGUUCGCUCGGUCACGUGAUUUGAAGAGACAUUCUAGAACGCAUACUGGAGAAAAACCUUAUUAACGUAUAAUUUGUAUUAAAUAUAAUGCUCGAAAAGAUGAUUUAAUUAGACAUAUGAACGUGCACAAUAGAUAGCGUUAUAAAUAUAAAUUAACAUAACCUUAACUCGUUCACUGCGCAUGACUCGGAUCCGAGUCGGCUGUACUUAUCCCUGUAUGCUCAUGACUCGGAUCCGAGUCGACGGGAGUCCCGAAUUAAAACGUGUCAGUAUUCUUUUAGCGCUUGAGUAAGAACGUUGUAUUCUGACGAGCGUGUUUGUAUACCUUUCUAUAAUUGAAAAAUGCUUUUCGUUUGUGAAUCGUAAUAUACAGUGUGCAAAUAUGGAUGAACAACAACCUGGCCCUUCGGGAAUUAAAAAACCCUAACUACAAAGUGCAAAAUUCACACAAGACGAAUUAUUUAAAAUUCUAAACGAAUCAUUUAUACUUCAUCUAAUUUAGAUAACGACUUACGUCAUUAUCUACGUCAGAGGUCGAAGUUGACAUAGUUGCCAAAGUAUAAAAAAAUCCUGACUCCAUUUUAAAUCAAAUUGGUCACAUAAUUAUUGCAAAAGUAUUACCAUCUCUUUACAACGACUAUUUAAAUUCUUACGUGACAUUUUUGAAAUAAAACACACUAAUUUUGUUCUAAAAAGAACAGAUUUUAUUAAAUAGGUAAAAAUAUAAAACAAGAGGUAUUCACUUUAAAAUUUAAAAUAAUAAAGUACAAAAAGUGUCAACACCGCAACUGUCAAAUAAGUGUUACCAAUUUAUGCCAAAAUUUUACCUUCGUUCGAUUACAGUUACAGUGUGUUCCGAACAAAUGUUCUUGAUAAAAACUCUUUAUAAUGGAUUUAUACAAAUUAAAUGAAACAUAUUAUUGUGUAUUUCUUUAAGUUAACAUUAAUAGAAAUUUUUAAAUAUUAUUUCAACGCGUAUAUAAUAAAAUAUGUCUAAUGGCUGUAAUGCCAGUGUACUCGGUAAAGUGAUUCUAAAAAGAACACACCUAAACCCUAAAUAUUUCAUGUUGGUAUCAUAUGACGUCACAGGCUAUGACGCCGAUGACGUGCAUCGUUAUAUAAAUUAGAUGAAGUGUAGUGAUCAUGACAUAAACAUUAGCGACGAAGAGUCUGAGCCUUCUGAAUAUGACUAUUGCGGUAAGUACCUAAGAAAAUAUUUAUCUUGAUAUAUACCAGACAAUAAAGAUUGUUCUAUUGACGCGGCAUACCUAUUGCACUGGUACGUUACGUGCAGGUCGAAUUGGAUACCCCUCAGAAGUAAACAAUGCAAAACUAGCCAAAGGAGAAACCAAAGCGCAAUAUUAUAAUGGAGUGAUGAUUGGUAAAUGGCAUUACAAAAGAGAUGUGUUAUAUAUAUCUUCUGAAUUUCCAAAUACUUUGACCGAACAUACAACCAGGAAUGGAUGGAAUGUUGUCAGACCAUUACCAAUAUUGAAAUAUAAGCAGUACAUGGCAGGUAUAGAUAGACAAGAUUAAAUGUUGUCGUACUACCCAUGUUCCAGAAAAACGUUACGGUGGUAUAAGAAAUUAGGGCUCCACUUUUUCCAGGUAAUGUUGCUUAACUCAUUUUUUCUAUAUAAUAAAUAUUCUGGAACAAAACUCCCUCUCUCAGAUUUUCGCCUAGAAAUCAUUCGCGAAUUACUUCAUAAAACAAAUAAAACUAAAGAAUGUAGUUCUGCUCACGAACAUUUGCCUAAAGUAAUUGCUAGUAAAUCUGAAAAGGGAGAAACAAAAAGGAAACGAUGUAGAAUAUGUUCUAUCCAUAAAAUUAGGAAAAACACAAUUUACGAGUGUGCUGAUUGUAACGAAAAACCUGGACUAUGCAUAGGAGAUUGUUUUCGCAAAUACCACUCAACGAAAAGAUAGACUGUCUUCAGUAUAUUAGUUUAAAUAAAGAUUUUAUUUUCU